AUGGUCGCCGUCAAGAAGCACAACCCGGAGGGCCUCCAGGGCCUGCAGCAGUGGCAGGAUUUCACCGCGAAGCUGUCGGACUUCGGGCUCGCCAUCAACGGGCCCCCCGCUGGGGAGUCGCACCUCAUGACCCAGGUCAUGGGCACCUACGGCUACGCGGCGCCGGAGUACGUCGCCACCGGGCACCUAUACGUGAAGAGCGACGUGUACGGCUUCGGCGUGGUGCCGCUGGAGCUGCUGACGGGGCUUCGCGCACACGACCUGAACCGGCCGAGCCACCAGCACAACCUGGUGGAGUGGGCGCGGCCCUACCUCUCCGGCGCCAGCAAGCUCAAGAGGCUCAUGGACCAGCGGAUCGACGGCAAGUACCACACCAAGGCCGCGCCCCGGACCGCCAGGCUCGCCCGCAAGUGCCUCACCGGCGACCCAAAGAGCCGACCCUCCAUGGACGAAGUCGUCGCCGCGCUCGAGGACAUCGAGGCCCUGCAGCAGGGGGCAGGAGGGCACCGGGACCUGCCGCCGCGGCCCGGAGCGCGCCGCUCGUAG